CAUUAAUUGACCAAGCCUAUCCUUGAGCUUACAUCUUUCGCUCUCGCCGCCGGCCGCGGCCGCUCUAAGUCUCGAUCUCUAGCUAGCUUGGCCGGUGAUCGAUGGACGGCGGCCACAGCCCGGACAGGCACGCGACGGCGGCGGCGGGGGAGCCGGUGAGGUCGCGGUGGACGCCGAAGCCGGAGCAGAUACUCAUACUCGAGUCCAUCUUCAACAGCGGCAUGGUGAACCCGCCCAAGGACGAGACCGUCCGCAUCCGCAAGCUGCUCGAGCGCUUCGGCGCCGUCGGCGACGCCAACGUCUUCUACUGGUUUCAGAACCGCCGGUCGCGCUCACGCCGCCGCCAGCGCCAGCUGCAGGCGCAGGCGCAGGCCGCGGCGGCGGCGGCCGCUGCGUCGUCGGGCUCUCCCCCGGCCUCCUCCUGCCUCGCGCCUGGCGCCGGCUCGGGCUCGUCGCUCGGCCUGUUCGCGCACGGCGCCGGGUACAGCUCCUCGUCGUCCUCGUCGUGGCCGCCGUCGCCACCGUCGGUGGGGAUCAUGGGGGACUUGGACUGCGGCGGCGGCGGCGGCGACGACCUGUUCGCCAUCUCGAGGCAGAUGGGUUACAUGGACCGCGGCGGCUCCUCCUCGUCGGCGGCGGCCGGUCAGCAGCAGCAGCAGCUCUACUACUCGUCGUGCCAACCAGCGACGAUGACGGUGUUCAUAAACGGGGUGGCGACGGAGGUGCCAAGGGGGCCGAUCGAUCUGCGGUCGAUGUUCGGGCAGGACGUGAUGCUGGUGCACUCCACCGGCGCUCUUCUUCCCGCCAACGACUACGGCAUCCUCCUCCAUUCCCUCCAGAUGGGCGAGAGCUACUUCCUGGUCACCAGAUCGUCUUGAGCUAUAUAUCUGUCGUCGAUCGAUCGGCUGCCUGCAUGCAUGCAUGAUAGUAUCAGAUAUGCAAGCAAGCUAGGAGAUGCAGGCAGGCCGGCCUACGCACGCAUGGCAAUUGUCACUGCGAUCUGCGUCGUCCGUCAAGCCUGCAUAUAUAUGUAUCAACGAUCCAUUGAUCGUCAAUCUAGCGAGACCAAUUAAUUAAGCAUAUAUAUACCACUAUAUAUAUAUAUGUCUAUGUGUAUACAGACAGUAAGUGUGUUGCUACUAAUUAAUUGCUGCAGCAACUAGUUCAUAUAUACAGAUAAUUCAUGCAUGCAUGAGAGAGCCACGCAUAUGUAUGUAACCAACCAAAUUAAUUACCACAAUGCAUACAUAUAUUUGCAUGUGUA